GGAAAAAUGGUGUUACGUGAAUUACUAAUUUGGGCAUUCAUUGAACUUAUACACGGAGAAGCCACCCCGCAUUAAUCAUUACAUUUCAAUUCCAUCAAAAUCCCCGGCCACCACUUCUCCGCCGUCUUCCGCCGCCUCCCUCCGGCAUCCACCACCCCCGAUGUAGUCGUCUUCUCUUCAACCCGCCCUGGGUUCAAUCUCAGCUGGCUCUCUCUCUCUCUCUCUGCCCAAUCAUCAACCAAACCAAACAAUAUUUCUCCAUCAAUAUGCUUUCUUCUUCUUCUUCUUCUUCUUCUUCUUCUUCCUCUUCUUCUUCUUCUUCAGCUCAGCAGAAGAAAAAGGCUCUUCACUCCCUCCUCGCCUCCAAGCUCACCCACCUCAAAAUCCCCGAAUCCGCUCCCGACCCAGACCUCGAAUUCUCCGAACUCUUCAGCCCACUCGCCGCAUCUUCCCCGCACUUUCCAGGAGACCCACAAGUUAUCCACAGCCGCUCUCACUCCUUUCUCGGCCCUUCCCCGCGCUUCACCCUCCCUAAACCCCUCCCUUUCCCUUUCCACCAAGAAAUCGACUCCGAAGGGGAAAACGACACCGAAAAAGAUAUAGCUGCUGUUAACAAUAAUAACAAUAUUGUUGAAAAUAAUGAUUUGGGGGUCCGAAAGAUUGGACCCGAUGACUUUGAGAUCUUGAGGGUGAUCGGGAAAGGCGCUUUCGGGAAGGUGUUUCAGGUGAGAAUGAAAGGGCGGAGUGCAACAGAGGGCGAUGGAAUUUUCGCCAUGAAAGUUAUGAGAAAAGAUACGAUUAUCAAGAAUAAUCAUGUGGAUUACAUGAGGGCGGAGAGAGAUAUUCUCACCAAAGUUGUUCACCCUUUCAUUGUUCAGCUUAGAUACUCCUUUCAGACAAAGUCAAAGCUGUACCUGAUCUUGGAUUUUAUCAAUGGAGGGCAUCUGUUUUAUCAUCUAUAUAGACAAGGGAUAUUCAGUGAGGACCAGGCGAGGGUUUAUACUGCUGAGAUAGUGUCUGCUGUAUCACAUCUUCACCAGAAAGGGAUUGUGCACCGAGAUCUUAAACCCGAAAAUAUUCUCAUGGAUGCUGAUGGGCAUGUCAUGCUAACUGAUUUUGGACUGGCUAAGGAGAUCGAUGAAUCAAGUAGAUCAAAUUCAAUGUGUGGAACAACAGAAUACAUGGCCCCGGAGAUUUUAUUAUCCAAAGGACACAACAAAGAUGCUGAUUGGUGGAGCGUUGGGAUACUUUUAUAUGAGAUGCUGACCGGUCAGCCUCCAUUCACACACUCCAACAGAAAGAAGCUUCAGGACAAGAUCAUCAAGGAGAAAAUUAAACUUCCGCCACGUCUGACCAGCGAAGCCCACUCUUUGCUGAAAGGAUUGCUACAAAAGGACCCGUCUACAAGGCUAGGCAGCGGGGCUAGAGGAGCCGAUGAGAUCAAGAGUCAUAAAUGGUUCCGAGCAAUCAAUUGGAAGAAAAUCGAAGGCAGAGAAGUGCGGCCAACGUUCAAGCCUGAUGUGAGUAGCAGUGACUGCACAGCCAAUUUCGAUAAAUGUUGGACUACGAUGCCACCGGAUGACUCGCCGGCUGCUACACCAACUGCAGGAGAACACUUCCAAGGUUACACUUAUGUUGCACCUAACCCUUGGCUCUCUUCUAUCAAUGAAUGAGUUUGUAUUUUGAUCAAACAUUCUUGUAUAACACAAAAACAAACAUUUGUAUGUAGCUCUUCAUUCUUUUGCAUACUCCAUUGUUGAACAGCUGUGCAAAUAUGUAUCCCAAAUACAACUCAUAUAGUUUUGAUUACAUGUCAAACUUUAAUAGUUGGGCUUUCAA